CGAAUAGCGAUAUCAUAGAUUUUUAUUUAAUCUAGGAGAUGUUGCAUCAUUAUUGAAUUGUAUUGGUUCCAAAAAUUAAGUUUAGUAAUUCGUCUUGUGCUGAGGAAUAAAAUUUUCUAGCUGAAUAUGGGCCUAUUUAACUUAUUUAGCAGUGUGAUUUUCCCUGCAGUUAAAGCAGAAGACGAAGAAGAAGAAUUAGUUGAUCCACAAACUGCUCUUAGGGAAAAAUGUCAAAAUAAUGGUAACAUACAAGCUCUGUAUAGCAAAUACCAAGAAUGCAAUGACAGAGUGAAUGGAAAAUCUAAAACAACGGAAACAUGUAUGGAAGAACUAUUUGAUUAUGUUACAGAGUUGGAUCAUUGCGCUUCCCACAAUCUUUUUUCGAAGCUAAAGUAAUGGGAUACUAAAUUUGUUUAUCAUUAAUAUAAAAUUUCACGAUAAUAUGGGUAAACAUUGUUAAUAAAUAAUUUUAAUUACCAAUGCUUAUUACAAAAAAGGUUUGGUGAUAAUACCAAUAAACAAUUCGAUUGAUUUAACAAAUUGAUAAAA